AUGUCCGACACUGUCCCCGCUGCAGAGACCACCACCGAUCCGCGUCCUGUGACCGAUGCGCCUCCCCCCGCCGAGGAGGUGGGCACAUCUGCGCAUGCGGCGGUCGAACCGCCGACCAUAGAGGACGGCGGGACCCCAGCGCCUACAUCGGGAGAGGCAACACUUGCACCGACGGAGACGGAAGCUCUACCUACCGAGGAGAUGGACGAAUCUGUACCUGCAAAGACCGAAACGCCAACUACAGAAGCCAAGGAGACCCCGACGCCUGCAUCAGCCGAUGCACCAGCGGAAGCGGUAGAGGCCGAAGCUCCCUCUGCUGAGGAAAAUGAGGCACCCGUAACUGCAAAAACCGUGGCACCAACCAUGGAGGAGAAGGAGACUGCCAUACCUCCAUCGGCGGAAGCAACACCAGCACCGACGGAGACAACAGCUCUACCUACUGAGGAGAAUGAGGCACCUGCAUCGAUCGAAGCAACAUCUACUACAGUAGAGACGGACGCACCACCUGCUGAGGAGAUUGAUGCACCUGCAACUGCUCCUGAAACGACAGAAGCGCCAAGCACUGAGGACAAGGAGGAGCCCGCCAAUGCAACGGCCGAGGCAUCAACCACAGGGGGUGCAGAGAUGGCAGUACCUACAGUAACCGAGGCAUCUGCACCUGCAACGACAGAAACCCCAAUCAUGAAUGAGGCGGAAGCACCUGCACCUAUAUCUACAGAAGCGGCACCCACGGAGGAGACAGAGACGCCCGAACCUGCAACGACAGAAGCAAAAACCACCGGGGAGACGGAGACGGCGACAUCUGCAGAGACUGAAGCACCUGCACCUAUAUCUACAGAAGCGGCACCCACGGAGGAGACAGAGACGCUCGAACCUGCAACGACAGAAGCAAAAACCACCGGGGAGACGGAGACGGCGACAUCUGCAGAGACUGAAGCACCUGCACCUAUAUCUACAGAAGCGGCACCCACGGAGGAGACAGAGACGCUCGAACCUGCAACGACAGAAGCAAAAACCACCGGGGAGACGGAGACGGCGACAUCUGCAGAGACUGAAGCACCUGCACCCAUAUCUACAGAAGCGGCACCCACAGAGGAGACAGAGACGCUCGAACCUGCAACGACAGAAGCAAAAAUCACCGGGGAGACGGAGACGGCGACAUCUGCAGAGACUGAAGCACCUGGUUCAGCAGCGACUGAGGCCCCAGCUUCUGGGGAGUCUGAGGCACUUAGUUCAGCAAAGAUGGAAGCUCCGAUCACAGAAGACGUGGAGAUGCCGACAGCACCUGCACGAGUAGAGGCAGACGCACCAUUUGCUGGGGAGACUGAGGCACCUGCUGCACCACCGACCGAUGCACCAACCACAGAAGAAUCAGAGGUACCUGUGCCUGCAACGACGGAAGCACCUGCUGCACCACCAACCGAUGCAUCAACCACAGAAGCAUCAGAGAUACCUGUAUCUGCAACGACGGAAGCACCCGUAUCUCCAACGACAGAAGCAGGACCCACAGAGGAGACAGAGAUAUCGGCGCCUGUAACAAAGGAUGCGCAAGUCGCUGAGAAUACAGAGACAUCAGCGUCUGCAACGACUGAGGCCCCACCUACACCAACGGAGAUGGAGGCCCCGUCUGCUGGGGAAACUGAGGCACCUGCGUCUACGAAGACUGAGGCACCAUCCGCGAAGGAGACGGAGACGCUUGACCCUGCAACGACCGAAGCAGCACACAUCGAGGAGAAAAAGACGCCGCCCGCCAAGGAGACUCCGGCUUCUGAAGAAGCUGAAGUCACACCCGGGGAAGAUACUGAGGUACCAGCACCUGGAAGGACUGAAGCCCCUCCUUCUUCAGAGGCUAAUGCUCCAGCCACUGGAGAAAUUGACGAUCCAGCUGUGGGACCGACACAAGUACCACCUCCUGCGGAGAUUGAAGCUCCUGGCGCUGGGGAUACAUUGGUUACGCCGACCACGGAGACUCAUUCCAUCCCAUCGGUGGUGGUUCCGCCGAUUCCUGACGGGGAGUCCAAGCCAGUUACUGCUGAGACAGCGGGCAGCGCUCCAUCCGCGACCGAGGAAUCUCCUGAAGAUGUUAGCACCAUUUUCGAGCCCGUCUUUGUUCAGGAAAGCGGUAAGCCUGACAUGUCUGGGUCAGACGUCUUUGAGAUGUCGUCCAAUUACAUCUUCAAUGACACGCACCAUCACGUGUACAUCCGUAUUCAUCAACUUGUCUUCGAAAAGGUUCUCCAAGAUGGUGAGAAACACGCCGAUACCGGUUACGGUCUUGUUGACGAACUCAUCUUUGACGACCAUGUCAUAAAAGAUGUCGGCAUCAGAGUCCGUGGUAGCCUGUCAGUGGGGAACAUCAAACGGCAAUUCAAAUUCAAGUUUGACGCGACAAGGGUAUAUGCUUGGCGCGACGAUGGCAUUAAGAAUAUCGAACUGCCGUCAAAAUUUGACGAUCGUCGGUUCCUUGGAGUACAAGGCUUCUCAAUGCGCGCGAGUCGAAACGAUCCGUCCAAGGUGCGAGAGUUGCUCGCUGGCAAUGUCUUCCGAAAGGCUGUGCAGGGCGACACUGAUGCCCAGCGACCGUGGCGGACAAACGGCGGUUUGGUGUAUCGCGCAGACUUCUGCACUUUGUAUGUGACAAACGGUAGGACUGUUGAGGAAGGCUACGAUUCGAUGAAUCCGGCAUACCGCGUACCAUACAACGGGCGGCUCUACGAUCCGAAGGGUCUCUACGUUAUUACCGAAGACAUAGACAAGACGUUUGUCAAGACGCGGUUUGAGCGUGUUCCUGGAGAAAAGCUCGAGGGAUACUUAAUCCAAGCAGAUAGGGGACAAGCCUUUUUUGACGAGGACAAGUACUCACGCACCGGUUGGGAGCAGGAACUUGUGAGAGGGAACAAACCAAAGAAUGAAGAAGACUUGGUUGAAGGCGAUGAAAAGAUGCUGUCACUCAUCAGAUUAUUGCACUCAAACCCGUCGGAGGAUGAGAUCCGCGCAAUGUUCGACAUGGAUAGCAUCAAUGGUUACUUGGCGGGCGUUCUUCUUACUUCGCAUUGGGACAGUAUUGCCGCUAAUGGCGAUAACGAUUACAUGUUUUAUCUUUGCCGUGAUGCUCUAGAUGAAGACAUGAAACCUGUCAUGGAUGAUGAAGGUGAACCAAAGCAGGAGAAGAAGUGGUAUAUGAUCACUUGGGACCUGGACAACACACUAUGGGACGAAUACAAGGACGGAAGCGAAGUGCGCAACCCGUACCGCGAUUGGAUUUCGAACUACAUCUAUCAGCCGGCGAAGAAGGAUCGAUACAAGACCAAGCUUUUCGAAGCGAUCUACGAUUCGAAGAACGAGAAAAUCCGUGCAUCGCUCCAGCAUGUCCUGCGCUCGAUGAUUGAAGGAUAUUUCGGCAAGGCGGGGUAUGAAAAAGAGGUAGGCCUCCUGAGCAGCCGCGUCGUCAAAGCAAUUGACGAGACGAGAAAGAGAGUGGGCAAGGCUGGGUGGCAGAAAGAGUGGGUAGAGUCAAACAAUCCUCAAGACUUUGUUGACAUCAAGGAGCACGCUGACGUGCGCCGUCACAAGAUUGGCUCGCAGCUACCAUGAAUCGCUGCCCAUAGGUGCAAUAUUGCGUAGAUUGUGAGUAGCACGACAAAAACCAACUUUCCGUUUCUCCCCUUUCUGCGACGGUAGAGGAUAGAUGGAAUUUUGUAACGGUGCUGCCAUUGUCUCUUUUCGCAAAGGACAGGCACAUCAGCAGAGCCUUCUUGGAUGCCAACUCGGCGCCAGGAGUGAGAGUAGUUUUACGCGGUAUAAGGUACGAAGAGUAAAAGACCAUUUCUUGU